CUUAAAAGGAAAACAAGAAGCCGUCGUUUUUUAAAGCCUGAAGUGUAAAUUAACACAUUUUUCACAAUGUACUAAAUAGAUAAGAUAUAAUUGAAAUUGGCAUUCCGUGUUUCAUGUUGUCCGUUGAAAUGAACGAAAUCGACAAUACAUCUAGAACUGUCUCAGAGGACUCUGUGAUUCCUAGAAAGGAGUUUGAUUUUCAAAAGGAAAUAAUAAAAAGAGAUGAGAUAAUAGCAAGAUUAAGUUCUCGACUAAAGGAGUCUUUCUCCCAAAAUGAAAGCCAUGUUCUCAUGCAGUUUGAACAAGUUGAACUUUUAAAACAAGAAAUAGAAAAACUUCAGGUGGAAUUAAGUCAGGCAGAUGAAAAACUGAAAGCACAAGAGACUCAUCAUUUGGGUUCUGUUCAGGCUAUUGAAAACGUGAAAGGAGAAGUUUAUAGUCUUCAAAACUGUUUACAAAAUGUGACUAUCCUUGAUCCUAACUCACGCCCCAAUACUCUUCCAAACCCUUCCAGUGAAACCCAUCAGUGUAACUCAAUUUCAAGUUCGAAUCCUAACUGUGUUGAAAACAGGACUGAGGAUCUUGCAUACAAUUUAAGAGAGCUGCAACAAAAAUUGGAAGAUCUAGAAGAGAAGAGACUAAAGGAUUUACGUAUGCAAGAAGCCGAACUGAUGGUUAAAUAUGAAGAAGAAUUGGCCCAGCACAAAAGGGAUCUUGAAGUAAGAUUCAUCCAAAAGUCUGAAGCAGAGAAUGCCAGAAAGCAGAGAGAGUUCAUCAAAGCUUUCCAGAAGAUGAAGAAAAAUAUGAAGAAAACCACUAAUCACAAAAAUGAUGAGAAUAAUUUGGCAAAAGAGAAUGAAAAAUUACCAGAGAAAAGAGAGAGUGAUAUUGUACAAAAGCUUGCGCUUGAAAAUCAGGAACUAGCAGAAGUACGAGAUAUUUUAUUACAACAAGUAGAUAUUUCACUAGAGAAUCAGGACAUGUUGAAAAAAGAAUUAGAUACAUAUUUAUGUCAGGAUCAAACUACCUCUUUAGAUGAUGAUAUUUUCAUGGAUGAAAUAGAAAGAAUUUCCCAGAUACAGACUGAUGGUGCUAUGAUGGAAUGGGAAAUUCUUUCUCCCUCGGGUGUAGUAAGCCAUGAAAAUACUCAAACAUCGUUGGGAUUUUUUGAAGAUACAAUAGAUGAAAGGCUGCUUAUGUCAGAAUUGGUCACAAAUACUGGAACUGUUUCUCAGUGCCAAAAUAUAGAUUGUAUAAACAUGAGAAAUCGACUGCAGGAACUGUUAAAAACAAAUGUUUCCCAAAAUUCUCUUUCAAAUGGCGUAUUUUGUGAUGAUGGAGAUGAUCCACCCAAAGAGAGAAAUGAAAAUAUGGCCGACAACUUAAGUGAAAGUGGUUCUCAUUAUUGUUUGUCAGAUGAAUUUGCAUCUAGUGAUCUUAUUCCACAUUUAAAACAAUUUAAACAAAUUAAAGCUGAACUUGAACAGAAAAUCGAACACCAAUUUCACGUGUUUGCUGAGGAAAAAAACAAUUUUUCGAAAAUCUGUGAUUCUUUGAAAAUUCAAGUUGAAAACUUACUCUUAGCAAAGAGCCAACUUGAGGAAGAACUUGAAGGUAAAAAUGCUACUCUGUUGACUUUAAGUGAGGAAUUUCAAAACACAUUAGAAAAGUUUGAAUUAAGUAAAGAUGAUUUACAUGAGCAUUUACAUUUAUUACAAACUGAACAGACAGACAUUUCUGUGAAUAAUAAAACACCAGAACAUCGCUCCACCAAAACAGCUGAUGCUGGUAGUUUUGUACGUGAAGAAGAUUUUACAUCUAUGGAUAUGAUAUUAGAGCCAAAUAUUGAACCUGGAGAUAUAGAAUUCUGGGAUACCAAUUUUAAUGCGCAGAACUUUAAAACACAAGUUAUAAAUAAACCGUCACAAAUAUAUGAAGUUGAUCCUGAAUUACAAUUACAAGGUUACAGUAAAGAACAGACAAUAGAAUAUAUAACAGAAUUAGAAGAAAAGGAAAGAAUAAUAGAUGAUUUAGUUUUACAAGUUAAUAGUCUAGAAAGACAGCUAAAAUCUAGUAAACAAUUUCUAUCAGAACAAUCAACUGAUAGGGAAGUAGAAAGAGAUGAAGCUAGUAAAGAGAUUAACAGAUUAAAUAAAUUAAUAGAUGAAAAAGAGAGUCAAUUAACAUCUAAUAAAAACUUGUAUCAAGAGAUUGGAGAUAUGAAAGAUAGAAUUGAAAGUUUACAAGAAGAUGUAGAAAGUUUAAACAGUGAAAAUCAACAACUUAAAACCCAACUGAAUACAUCAACACAGAGAAAUUCAGACCUAGAAAAUAAUAUCAAAUUGUUAGAAGAUGAACUGAAUGAAAAAACAUUAGAAGAAGGCAAUUUACCACAGGAAGUAGUUAGUCAGGAAUCACCAACACCCUCAUCCAGUGAAUCUAAUGAUUUGGGAAUGUUAUACAGUGAGUCUGAUUCAAAUCCUGUUCCCCAUAAAAAACAGAAAUGUGAUUCAGAGAAGUCAUAUGACACAAUUGACACAGAGAUUAAAAUGAAACUAUUGGAAGAAGAAGUGAUAUCCCUGAAAUUAAAAUUGCGUCAGGAGAAACUUAUUGGUGCUGAUUUAUUAAGAAGUUUGGUAGCUGAACAGAAACGUUAUAAUAUACUGUUAAAUAAAGAGAAGGCUGAGUCUGAUAGCUGUACAACAGAAUUACUGGAUCAGUGGGUUCAUGUUUCAAAACUACAAAAUGCCUUGAAGGAAGAACAGGAUUACUGCUCGUCCAUCUUAGAUGUUUUAGAAGAACAACAAGUUAAAUUUAAUAAGGUUAAGAUAAAAUUGAAAGAAGAAGAAGAACAUAGAUUUAUUCUAGAACAGAGAUUAACAGAUGCUAAGAUUAACUUAAGACAACAAGUUCCAGUUCAACCUGAUACAAGGCAACAAAUGGCAAAGGUUCAGAGAUUAUAUGCUCGAUAUCUAAGAGCUGAAAGUUAUAGAAAAGCCUUGAUAUAUCAGAAGAAAUAUUUACUUAUAUUAAUUGGUGGAUAUCAGGAUACAGAACAGGCUACAUUAGGAAUGAUAGCACAGAUUGGUGUACCAACAACUUACAGUAUUAAUAGAUACCCAUAUUAUACUCCUUUGUUACAUAUAUUCCGUCGUACUGUCACUGCUGUUAUAGCUAUAUUUAGAAUGAAGUAUAUGGUAACUAAAUGGAAGAGAGCUGUUAAAGUUGGUUCACCAGUUGUAGGUGGUGCUGCUAGUGUUGGUUAUGGUUAUUUAACUAGUCAUAGUUCCUGUUCACAAGAAUCUUUACGUCUUCUGUAAACUUAAUAGAUCCUCCACCUUAGUGAAUUCCUAAUGUAUAUAUUAUGUGUUAUAUUAGCUUAUGUCUUAUAUUUAUUAUUAUUUAUUAUUUAACAACCACUGGCGGUAUUCUCUUGAAGGCUAUUCCAUUUAAAAUUACUUGGAGGAAUGUGAAAACCAUGUUUUUAAAUUGUCUGCUGUUCAAAUACUAAAGAUGGUGGAGGGGUUUGGAAAAUAUUUCUACAUAUUUUGCUUGUAGUCUUUUAAAAAAUUUCUAAUGGUACUUGUUAAGAGAUUGAUAAAUGUACAGUUAUGCUGUAUUUGUUACUCCUUAGUUUUCUGGGAAAUACAACUAACGAAAUGUUAAGUAACAUUUGUUACUGCAAAAGUUGACUCAGAAGUCAUAAUUUCUACUUAAAAAACUCUGGUAGCUAAAAUUAUGUUGAGUUCUCGACAUGUGAUGUAAUAGGAUGGCAGCCCAAAUUAUGAUUGUUUUAAAGGGUUGAUUAUGGUCUUGGUAAUUUAAUUAAUGUCUAAUUAAUAAUUUAUAUAACAUUUCAUAUCUAAAAAACGAUCUCCAGUAGGCAGAUUUAGCUCUUGCAUAAUGCCUGUUUAAAUAAUGUAAUAUAAUGUCAUAGAGAAGUUGUAUUAUUGUAAAAACCAUCAUCAUUAGUCAAGAUAAAAAUUAUUUCACAAUGACAGCCAUGUUGAUUUUCCCCAGUUGUGCACCCGAACACAAUAUAUGGUGUUUACUACUUCCUAGUGGGAAACACAAUAUUUCCAAGUAGUAAUAAAUACAGCAUUAUUUUUUAAAUGGAAUAGUCUUUAUAUACUAGAUAUUUGUUAAAGCAUAUUGGUAGUAUAUUAUAAGAGUGCUGUACACUAGUCCCGGUAUUAAUUUACAAAUAUGAAUGUAUUUUAGAAGUUUUUCUUAAUUCUAAACUAGAUUGUGUUUGAAUUGAAAAAUAUCUGUUAACAUUUUUUUAGAAAAAAAAUUUGUUAUUUAUAGAUUUAAAUGAAUUUUAGAUUGAUAAAGUGAUCACAACUGUCUCAAUACUUAGAAAUAAAAACAAUUAGACGCUUGUUCCUUGCCAGACCUUAUUCCCUGCACCACUGACAAGGUGCAACUAGGCUGUAAAAUCCCAGGCAACUUUCUCAUCCAGCCCUGUGAUUUAACCUGUAAUCUGGUUAAUGAGCUAGCACCAUAUUCCCUCUUUAUACAUCAAAUGUAUCUUGAAGAAAAAUGAUUUUUAUAUAUAUAUAUUAGACUAAUUUGGUGUGUAAGCAAUAAAUGUAGUUUUCAUAAGUUAAAUUAGUCCCCCCCUCCUGCUUUUUAAAAAUAUAUUAGAUUGAUUAUAUUUAACAAAUAUAUAUUUUAUCUGAUCUAUUUAAACAAAAUGUCUUCCAUGUCAAUAUAUAAUUGCUUGUAUUGCAUUUAAUUUCUUCCUGCAAAUUAUAAUUGGCCUAAUGUAAACUGUACAGUACAUGCAUAUAUCUAGGCUGUCCGAUUUUCUUCCAUUGGUGAAAGAUGAUUUAUGGUAGAUGUUAGUCCCAAUAUUGCCUAGUAAUUAGCUAGGCACCAGUGGUGUUGAGCAUUACUAAAAUCAAAGUGAACUUCAAUGACAUUGGAGAUGACAAACAUCUAAUCAAACCUCUUUGAAGAGGGAGAGGAGAACAUUUAAAACCAGAGUUGAUGGACAUUUUAUGUUAUAUUAUGUUUUAAAAUAUGGAUUAUUACACAGUCAUGUGCUGCUUACAACCAAACUUAUUCCAAUGCUCAACAUUAAUCUGUUGUGUCUAAGUAAAGCCACUGAUUUUCAUUUGAGAGAUUUUGCAAGCUACAAUAUCAUGAAAGUUGAAUUUCUAAAAGGAAGGUCAAUCCAAAGGGCAUUCAAUUCUGUUCAUCAUUUACAAUGAUAUGAUGAAUUAAAAAUUUCACAACAUUUGGCAUCCUCUGCAGACCAUAAAAACAAGUGAGUGCCACCUAUGUAGAUGUUAUGUAAAAUCUUUUGAAUGAUUUUUUUUUUAAUCCAAACGGGGAGAUUAUCUACCAUUAUUAUUUUGCUUUGAUUUUCUUUAUAAAAUUUUAAAUAAUCAAUUUGAGUUCAUUCUAGUUUAGAUUAAGCCAUGAAAAUUAAAUACUGUCUGAAAAAUGGAAAUGACCAACAGUGGCUUUAAAGAUUCAAUUUUGAUAAUGUCAGUGGGAAUUCACUAUUGGUACAUGUAGAUUAGAAGAAUUUUAAGUUUUGGGAAUACAUGUGAAUAAAGGUUCUGAAAAAAAUGUUUCAAAAGGCAUUUAUCUUCUAAUUUUAAAACUUACUUUGUUUGAGAUAUAAUAUUACUUUUAAAAAGUGAUAAUUGUUAAUCCCUGUGUAAUAUUCAUUCUAGUCAUAUUUGAUAUUGAUUAACAGCAUUUAACAGUAUUUAUAUUAAUUACAUUAGUAGUUUUAACAAGAAACUGGUUUUUAAGAAGUGAUUCUUCAUUUAGAAAUGUAACAUUGCAAUAAAACAUUAAUGAUGAUAAAUUAUUAUUGAUCAUUACAAUAUAUUAUAUCCACUUUUUUAUCUUCACAAAAUCAUGGUAUUAUUAGCAGAUUGUUCCAAAGAUCAUUAAAAUUGAUCAAAUGUAAGUUAUGGUCAUCCCUUUAGUUUCCUUUGAUUCAUGGCAUCAGUUAUUUACAGAAGAAUACAUUGCCAUCCAUUAACAUCAACAUAGUGUUUUAGUAGUCUAUAUUACUAUGGAAACAACACAAUUAAGCUCAUAUUAUCAUUAAAUUGAAGUUUAUAUGAAAAAGGUUGGUUAACUUGUCUGUGAUUCUAAAGUUAAUGUGCUUUGCGUGUUGUUAACAAGAUAACCUCCCCUGUAAAACAAUGUAAGCUAAUGCUGUCAUGCACAUGUUGUAAUACCUUGAUAUUAUCAAGAUAAAUAUUUAUCAUGAUACAAUUUAAAAACAGAAUUUUGAUUUAGCUGAUCAAAAUUGUGUUCAUUUUGGAAGCUGUGACAUAUAAUUGAAAUGUCAAUAAUAAAGCAGUUUUCAGUAAUACUAAUAGAAAACUUCUCACGUCAAGAUUUUUCAAAAAACAGUUCAUUAUUAUAGAAUUUGCCCAAGAGAUACAGUAUUAUUACUUUACCACAUACAGUGAACUACUGAAUUUUAGACAUUUCUUAUUCUCUUUGUUGAUAAAGAGCUCAUUUAAUUAACAAUUAAUUUGUGAUAAUUAGCUAUUUUUUGAUUAGCAUAUGAAGAGCCCCGAGGAAGAACGAUCUAAGUCACUUUUUCAAUGAAUCCCAGUUAAUGGCGCCAUCUGGUAGCAAAUUGUAUAAGCUUUCUGUAGAACAAUCAAUUUCAGGUAAAAUCGACCGGAGUCACAUCGAACCAAGGCCCUUCUGCAAUGGCCUCCCGGACAAAUACAAGUCCAUCGUAUUUAUUUGACCGUAAUUUGUCUGAAAAGUGGAAGUCAGUUGUUGUACUGGUAAUUAUGAUUCGUAUUAACAUCAUUUUGAAGUUGUAAUUAAACCCACUCGUUGUUCUGUUGCGUCAAACAUUAUCGUCCAAAAGUCUGUUUUGCCUUUUAUGCGAAAAGACAAAAAUGUUACUUAGAUCGUUCUGUCCCCUGGACUCUUCAUGUGAAAUCACAAAUAUAUUAAAGAACACAAUCUAGUGCUUAAUAAUAUCUUGAGGUGUUGUCCAAGGUUGUCUUAAUACAAUUUUUAUCAGUAGAAGAGUUCAGAAAAAAUAAAUUUUGUGUUGAAGAUUUAUGGAUCAUUAAUGAAGAAUUAAUCUAGUCAUUAAAGCGUGCAGCAUGUUAUGUAGUUAAUAUUUCUAAUCAAGGGAAAACUAAUCGAUCACUAAAACUCUGUUAGAAGAACCCUAUUGAAAUUCAAUCUUUUGCAUUAUUGAUCUUGUCUUCGAAUCCAUCCAUGUUUCGGAAAUUAUUUUUUUUUAAAAAAACACACCGAAUUGUUCAAAUAGUAAAAGAAAUGGCCCUAUAGAAAUUAAAGCUUAACUUAUUUUUCACAAAGUCAUUGCCCUUUUCAUUGUAACCUAGUCAACACUCGUGAAGAUCAGUGUGUUAGGGUUGUUGCUUCUGUGACUUUCUUUGUAUUACAGAAAUGUUUUUGGUGACCAAAAUUUUAAUGAAUAAACCAUAUUAAAUUGUAGAUGCGUGUAGUAGCUUGGUCAAGGUAGCGUUUGAUAAAUGUAUAGAAAAUCGUUUUGAUAUGGUAGAUUAGUUUUAACAAAGCAUCUGGGUGAAUGGUUGAAUUAUUAAUGUUAUUGAUAAAACGGUGCUAGGACUGUUUGGUCCUUUCGUGUAAAUGCCAGGAACUCAAAUAGGUUCCAAGUUACACAUUGAGAUUACACUGGCAUUGCAGUAAUAAAGUUAAGUUUUUUGAUGAUA